AUGGCCACACCCCAACGCGAAGCCUACCAGCUCCCCUCCCAACGCGACUCCAGCAUCGCCGGCUCCGGUGCACAGCAACAAAACUCUACCGGCGCCGCCUACACACCUUCCUACGGUGGCGGUGUCGCAGACUCCCUCGUGUCUUCCUCCGUGACUUACGUGUGCGGGGAGUGCGCGAGCAAGGUCGCCUUGAACCUGGGUGAUGCGAUAAGGUGCAAGGAGUGUGGACAUAGGGUGCUUUACAAGGAGAGGACGAAGAGGAUUGUACAAUUUGAGGCGCGGUGA